AUGUCUGCCAAAGCUCGAGAACAGCUCCCGUUUGGUAGCUUUGGUACAUCCAGGGAACGGGAGUUUUUUAGAUACUUGCCUUCUUAUCAUUUACAAACCCGUUCCCUUCCUCAUAUCGAUCGAGAAUCGCAGCAAACACCCUCUCUGAUUCGCCCUUCCUUAGACUCGUCCCUGACUUCCUUUGCCCAGUUGGGUACUUUGCGCUUAAAUGCCAAACGAACAUUGAUUUCGUUAUUUGGUCGAAGCGCCCAGUUUGUUCUCGCUGAGGCUACCCGGGAUGUGAGCCUUCAUGAUGAUGGUAGCGACAAGGCUCACCAGGGCUUGUGGAUUGGAUGUUGUACAAUGUCAUACGAGCGUAGUCUCUGUAAAACCAUCAUGGCACACUCACAGACUACGGGGGAUAUCCCCGCACCAUUGGUUGUCUCAGACUUGUCACAAGUCGAAGAUUUCAAGGAUCAUCCAGAUGUACAGAAUAAGCCCCAUCUACGGUUCAUGGCUUGUAGUCCCAUCGUCAGCCCCAAAGGAAUUGUGAUUGGGGCCUAUACAGUCUUGGAUGACAAGCCCCAUGGUCCUUUGGAUGCCGAUAUGAGGACUUUCUUAAUCGAUAUUGCCAAUACGGUCAUGGAUCAUUUGGAUGCAACCAGGUCUCGACGCGAAUACCUUCGAGGGGAACGGAUGAUGGUUGGCCUGGGAAGCUUUCUGCAGGGUAAAGGGUCUCUCCGCACCUCAUGGAUCCAUGAACACGAGAGUAUUCUGACCCCGUUAACGCCGGGCGAGGACCUUGAGACUGAGGGUCAUGUCAACCAAGAACAGCAGAAUAAACAAAUAUCUGAACAAGCUCCUUUGACUAAGGUGACCUUUAAUGAGAAUAACACCGUACAAUUCUCCUCACAGAAUUUUAACACGGUCCGUUCUCACAAGUCUUCGGCAUCGAUGUCGGCAUCAACACCAGAAACACAGAAACAAUCACUGGCCACUUCAAAUAUUGACUCGCGUGAUUAUUUCCAGCCUCGUUCUCGUUAUAGACGUGCUUCUCAUACUACCACGGGGCCUCGACUCCAGGACUUUCAAAAGAUGUCGUCGAAAGACAUCUACAACGUUAAUGUGAAGGAGACUUUCUCUCGUGCCGCCAAUAUUGUUCGCGAGAGUAUCGAGGUCGAGGCUGUGGUCUUUUUCGAUGCUGAAUUCCGCUCCCCGGAGGCGCUGGUGAAAAAUUCCAGAUCAGAUUCCGAUAGUGGAAGUAGCUUGGAGCCUGCUUCAUCCAGCGAGGAAGAAGCAAAGCUUCGAGUCAACCAGACACAGUCAAGGAUUUCUAGUGAGGCGCAGCCGGAACUUUGUGGCCGAUCUAGUGUGCACCCGUGUGACAUGCUUGGAUUUGCGACAUCACAUGUCGCUAGCGUUAAUGAGGAGUCUCUAGCUGAUCACAGAGUUUCCAUCUCGGAGAACUUUCUUGGCCAACUUUUACGUCGAUACCCACGAGGUCAAAUCUUUAGCUUCGGCGAAGAUGGAACUGUUUCAUCGGAUGACACACGUGAUGGCAUGCCUCAUCGCAGUGGGGUGAAGAAAUUCAAGAAAACGAGGAAGGGUCUACUACGCCAGGAUGCCGUGACGCUUCUACAGCUCGCUCCUCAUGCUCGAAGUAUCAUUUUCUCUCCAUUGUGGGACUCGCACAAAGAGAGAUGGCACUCAGCUUGUUUCGCCUGGACAAAAGCACCUCACCGUGUCCUUACAUCAAACGAUGAACUGGCAUUCCUCUUUGCAUGCGGGCACAGUAUCAUGGCGGAAAUCCAUCGACUCGCUGCUCUGUUGACUGAGCGGGCUAAAUCGGACUUACUGGCAGGAAUUAGCCACGAGCUCCGAUCCCCGCUACAUGGCAUUUUCGGCACCGUUGAUAUACUCAAUGAUACCGUUAUGAAUGUUCUCCAGCAAGGGUUCUUGCACACGAUCUCGUCUUGUGCUUUUACCUUACUUGGCUCUAUAGAUCAGCUUCUUGAGUAUGCCAGUAUCAACGAUGUUCGUAACAAUUCUGUCAAGGCUGCAGAACCCCGCGAAAUCUCUGUGAUCAAGGCCGAGCCAAAUCCCCAACCAGAGAAAUCAGAAAAGGACUCCGUUGUGCAACUGGACGCGGCGGUGGAAGAUGCCAUUGAAACGGUCUUCGCUGGAUAUUCUUUCCUGAAGACUAAGAACACGCUACUUCGGAACUCCAUAUCGCCGCUUGGUAAUCCAUUCGACUUUGAGGCUGGAGUCAAGGUCAUUCUUGAUAUCGAUCGAUCUGAAAACCUGAAGUUUGCGACUCGUCCCGGAGCAUGGCAUGUGAUUCUUACCAAUUUCUUUGGGAAUGCCUUGAAGUUCACAGAUGAUGGGUUUAUCUAUGUCUCUCUCAAGGCGAAUCCUGUGAAAUUUGAUUCUCGGGGCCGAGCUCUACAGUCAAAAGUCGCGUUGUGCAUCAAAGAUACUGGGUGUGGCAUGGAAGAAGACUUUCUUAAGAAGGAGCUUUUCACUGCAUUUUCGAAGGAAGAUAAGAUGUCGAUCGGAAACGGUCUGGGGAUCCACAUUGUCAAUCGAAUAGUAUCAUCUCUCGGUGGCGAGAUUCAGAUCAGCUCCCAGAAGGGCGUUGGAACUGAAGUUGUGACCACUGUGACCCUUGACCAUGUUGUUGAAGAAACCUCUCCUCCAGAAAUUCCCAACGGUAUUGAGCUUCUCUCGUCUCCUAAGGAGCUUACGAGGGGCAAAACAAUUGGGAUACUACUCCAUACAUCUUCCGAUGGAGAUGCGGCGCUACUUUCCUCCAUUCACCGGUUAUGUGAAAACUGGUUCCAGAUGAAGGUGGAAUUAGUGGAGCCAUCUGACCUGCACUUGGGGCAAUGCGACUUUUAUAUCUCGCUCCAUGAAUCCCUGGCUAUAGGGAAUCGUGGGAUCAUGCCAAUCCGCCAUCGAUUUGGCGAUCGCCCCAAGCCGCCUGUGAUUGUCAUCUGCUCGUCUCCGAAAAUUGCACACACACUGGCCUCUCACAACCGAAAAGACGCAGGCGUUUUUGAAUUUAUCAGUCAGCCAUGUGGGCCGUACAAAUUGGCGAAAUCCUUGGAAAUUUGCGUGCAACGUGAACGCCUAGGUAAUGGGCUUUUGCGUAGUAAUCAACCUUCAAGUUCUCCAAGUCCAAUUCCAAACCCAAUUGUCGUGGACCCAAUGCUUCAGAAGAAGAUGAUAUUGCCGGAUAGAACAAAUCAAUCGCCCGCUCCGGUGAAAACCCCAUUUCAGGUUACCGCUGCUGCGCAUCUGACCCCACCUGCAUUUCUCGUGACUCCGGGAUGGGAGCAGAAUGUCCCUGCGGGGGAUUAUUUGACGGUUCAACCUCAUUCCUCGCUUCCAUCUAAUACGAUUCUUUUGGUCGAUGACAACGAGAUCAAUCUCAAGAUCCUGGUCGCGUACAUGACCAAGUCGGGCUACAGCUAUGCUGCUGCGAAGAAUGGGCAAGAGGCCCUUGAUAUAUUCAAGCAAAAUGCCAAUAAUAUUGAAAUUAUUCUUAUGGAUGUUUCAAUGCCUGUCAUGGACGGCAUCGAAGCUACCCGACGAAUCCGGGAGUUUGAGAAGACGCUCAGUAAUAAGACACGGACAAUGAUCAUUGCUUUGACUGGUGUGGCACAAGCUGAAACUGAACGAGCUGCCAUUGGAUCUGGGAUGGAUACAUUCUUGACGAAACCUGCACGACUGGAUAGUUUACUUCCUCUCAUCAAGCAAAGACUGCCAUCGACGUAA